GAUAUCAAACAGAAACAUUCACAAAACUGACAGUUUACGUCGACAAAAUUUUUAUUCACUAAAGAAAACGAUAUUUAUAAAUUAAAUGAGCUUGUAAAAUAGGUGAUAAUUUAUUUAAAAAAUAGUAUGUAAAGACAGCUGGCUGUCAAAAAAGUUUAUUAAAAAAAAACACCGCCCUUACGCUCAAAAAAAAAAAAAUUCAAGUUUUUCAAUUGAAAACAUUUCAAUAAGAGCAGAAGACACGUCACAGAAUCAUGGACGGCCAGUUAUUGGAACCGACUCUUUAUACUGUUAAGGGUAUUGCAAUUCUUGAUAAUGAUGGCAAUAGAAUACUUGCAAAAUAUUAUGAUUCGAGUAAAUUUACAUCAUCAAAGGAUCAAAAAACCUUUGAAAAAUCAUUAUUUAAUAAGACCCAUAGGGCAAACACUGAAAUUAUUAUUCAUGAAGGACUAAUAUGUGUUUAUAAAAGUAAUGUUGACUUGUUUUUCUACGUGAUGGGAAGUGCCAACGAAAAUGAGCUAAUUUUGAUGAGUGUCUUAAAUUGUUUAUAUGACACGGUAAAUCAUCUUUUGAGGAAAAAUGUUGAAAAACGUAUCGUUAUGGAAAAUUUAGAUACAAUAAUGUUGGCUGUUGACGAGAUUUGCGAUGGAGGAAUUAUUUUGGACGCGGAUCCCACUAAUAUAGUACAACGAGUGGCUUUAAGGACGGAUGACAUUCCAUUAGGCGAACAAACAGUCGCACAGGUCCUGCAAUCUGCAAAAGAACAACUUAAAUGGUCAUUGUUGAAAUGAAUUUACAGAACUGAUAUUUUAUUACUUGUAUAAAUAUUAAUGUCAUUAGAAAUUUACAUAUUUCUAUCGUUAUUAAAAUCAUUCCACUAUUUCGAAAACUGUUUUAUCAAUUUUUUUUAAAAAACUCUAAUCCGCUGGUUUUUAUAGUUCAUUUUCUAUUGCAAUCCAAAAUAUAAUCUAGAUUUUUAUUUAUUGUAUUAUUAUUUACAAAAAAUUAUACCAUUAUAAAUUAUUAUAUGGCAUAUUUUAACAAAAUAAAUGGUCUACAUUGGUAAA